AUGCCUUUGCCCGGGUCCCUCUCCAAAGAACCCCAGCCCGAACCCCAGCCCACCAGCCCGAAGCCAGAACAGCCCUGGGACCUGGAAUUAGGUUGUUGGGGAUACCUGGAACUUUCUGCCUCAUCUCCCUCUCUGAUCCCCCAGCAACCCACUGAGAAGGAAUUCCAGUUCCUUCAAUGCCAGAGCUGCCAGGAAGAAGCCAAGUGUCCCAAACUGCUGCCUUGCCUGCACUCACUUUGUUCAGGAUGUUUGAAGACGCCAGAUUCACAGUGUCCCAUCUGUAAGGUGCCGGGCCCUGCAGGUGGAGAGCUGUCAAUCCAGGAUAAUGUCUUCUUUGAGAGCCUGCAGCGGCGCCUGUCCAUGUACCGGAAGAUCAUGGAUGAAAUGGCGCUUUGUACCCGCUGCAAGGAGACCGCUGACUUCUGGUGUUCUGAGUGUGAGCAGCUCCUCUGUGCCCGGUGCUUUGAAGCGCACCAGUGGUUCCUUGUCAAGCAUGAGCCUCGGCCCCUAGGGGAGCUCCGCAGACUGUCAGAGUUGGAGUUCCUGGACAGCCUUCGCAAGACCAACAAUAUCUUCUGCUCCCACCCCGAUCACGGGAGCACAACGACCAACAUCUACUGCCGAGGCUGCUCCAAACCGAUGUGCUGCUCAUGUGCUGUCCUAGACCCCGGCCACAACAACCUCAGGUGUCACAUCAGCGAGGAGAUUAAGCAGCGGCAAGAGGAGCUAGACUCAAUGACGCACAAGCUGAGGGAGAAGGAAGAAGCCUUUGGCACAGCUCUGGCACAGGUACACUCAAACUUCAGCCAGUUGGACCAACAGCACACAGACAACAAGAAGCUGAUCAGCUCAAUCUUCGGCCGAGUGAUGGCACUUGUGCAGGCUCAGGAGUGUGAGUUGCUGGAGAAGACGAAACAACAAUACCAGUGCAACUACCAGAAGUUGGCAGGCCAGCAGCAGCACCAGGACACUGUGCUGCAACGCAUUCACGCGAGUAGCACACUGGUACAGAAGAUGAAGUGUUACGCUUCAGACCAGGAGGUGCUGGACAUGCACGACUUCCUUCGCCAGGCUCUCCACUGCCUGUACCAGGAGAAGCCCCGCGGCACAGAAGCCAUUGUGUAUAUUAAUGUCUUCAAUGAGGUCAAGGCAUGCCUGCAGCGCAUAGUUUCAGACAUCACCCAGGUGAUAGAUGCAGAGGUGUCCAGAAGAGAAAGCUCAGAGGCUAACAACUUACCCCAGAAUUGUUUAGAUGUUAACUCGGAAGUUCAGGUCCAGGCCUCAAGCCCUGCUCAGGCCCAGUCUGAGGCUGUGGUGCAGUCGGUGCCUGGCGCCCACCCUGUGCCUGUCUGUGCCUACUCCAUCCGUGUCCCCUCAUGUACAAAGGAGGACUCGCCCUCAGUGACACCCCAGAAGAGAAAAUCCUGCCAGAAUGAGAGUCCCCGGAAGAUGAUGAAGAUGGAGUCAAAGGAGGAGAGGGAGAUGAGUUUGGCGCAGAGCAUGCCCGAGCAGCCCAGGCCUAGCACCUCCAGAACCAUCUCCUUGCCCCAUCUGGUGGAAGCCCCCAGCCCCAAGGAGCCCCCUGUGGAAAAUGAAGGCUCAGUCCCUGACAGGGAUGUCCUGAUCGACGACCCGAAGGAGGCAGCAGAAGAGCGUGUUGUGGUGAUCAGUAGCUCGGAGGACUCCGACACUGAAAACUUGACCCUGCAGGACAAUAAUGGGAGCAACAAUGAGUCAAGUGAUGUGCAACUAGAAGGCCCCAGCUCCCUUCGGUCCGUGGACACGAGCCUUGCUGACCCUGGAACAGAGGACAGACCGCUGGUUUUCUUUGACCUCAAGAUUGACAAUGAAACCCAAAAGAUUAGCCAGCUGGCGGCCCUGAAUGGGGAGAACAAGUUCCGGGUGCUCAUCACAUCGAAGACCUGCUUCAGUGGCUGCUCAAAGAGAGUCUCUCUUGAGGAGGGCCUCAAGCACUUCCUCAACUUCCUACGCAGCAUGCACCGCCCCGUCCUGGCCUGCUACAAGCUGUGGGGACUCAGCCUCCCCAACUUCUUCCGUGCCCUGGAUGACAUCAACCAGCUGUGGGAGCUCCAAAAGGUCACAUCGGGCUUCCUGGCCAUCCUGCCCCUCAUUCGGAAGCGCGUUCCUGGAGCCAGUAGCUUCCAGCUCAGUGACCUGUCCAGCACUUACCUAGCCAGGAACCUGAAUGAGAGCAGUGCCCUGGCCUCUGUGCUGGCCAUGCGUGACCUGUGCCACCUCCUCGAAGUGUCCCAAGGGCCCUAUCUGAUCCCGUACAUCUACUCCUUCAGCAACCUGCAUUGCUUCGCCUCCCUACAGCCCCUGGUGCAGGCAGCUGUGCUGCCCCGGCCUGAGGCCCGCCUGCUGGCCCUGCGCAAUGUGGGCUUCCUGGAGCUGCUGAGAGCAUAUCGCUGGGACCCACAGGGUGGCCUGAAGAAAUACAAUCACUACCUGAGCCUGCCGGAUCCCCCCAGCCAGCAUGCUGAUAGACUGCAGGCUCUGAAGUGUUACUUUGAAAGCAUCUUACAGAACUCAGCAUCAACACAGCAGGAAGAUCCAGCCAUGCCAACGUCUAGCCAUAGCCAUGGCCAUAACAUGGUGAAAACGAACUUGCCACAGAGCUAAGUGGGUUGUUGACUUGGAAAUCUCUGGGGCCAGUCCCUGAGCCAGUACCCUCUUAGCACAGUGAUCCCAGGGCCCUGUCUCUCCGCUGGGUUCUGGGUUGGUAUUUGAUCCAGAAUCAGUUCUUCCUUCUCUAGGACCAAAUUGCCUUCUCUACCUAUUCCACACUCA